AUGGAUCUGAACGCCGACGUCGUUUUGUCUGACCCAAGUGACGAUGGGGUUAAUCUCUCUGAGCCAGUAGAACUUGAUGAUAUGGGCCUUGAAGUUGGGGAUGGUGGAACAAAUGAGGGUUUAGAAGGAAAAGGACCAAAAGGUGAAUUGGUAAAUAUAGUUGAAGAUUCUGAAGUGAAUAUAGGAUCUUUAGAUAGAGAUACUGAGGAGAAAGGAAGCGUUGUUUCGUCACAUGUGGGGAUUAAUGGCGGGGAAGGUAGAGAGGGUUUGGAGGGAGCUCAAUUUGGUGCAGGGGGUGAUGGGAUUGCAGCAAAUAAUAAAGGGUUGGUUUUGGAAUCUGAGGAUACUUUUAGGACUGUCGAAAGUUCAUUCAGUUUCGAAAAGGAUAGAGGGAAAGAUGAGAUUUUGAGGGAAUGUGCAGAAAGUGAAAUUGUGAGUGCUGUGGAUGGAGAUGAGGCGAAGCUGAAUGCAGCAGUUCAUGAAACGGAUGACUCGAUGAGAGAUGACAAAAAAGAGGACGUUGCUCUAGUAGCCGAGAUAGCUUAUGUUGAGAAGGAAAGGGGUCAAAAUGUGGAGCAGUGCCAAGCUGGAGAGCAGAGUCUUGAUGCUUCAAGUUCUAUGCAGGACAAUGUGAAGCUUGAGUCUUUGGGAACUACAGGAUCUGUUGGACAAGUAACAGAUGACAUCGUAGCUGUGGACCAGAAAGUUGUCAACCAUAAUGAGUCUUUGCAUCACAAAGACUUGAAUUUAAGUUCUCACUCUGAGAUGUUAACCAGUGAUGGACUAGAAAAUCAGGCCUUGGAAGUUGAUGUAGAAGUGCAGACCAAUGAAAAUAAAUUGACAUGUGAUGAUGCUCCAUGGGUUUCUAAGAAUACUGAAAAGGGGCCUAAUUUGUCCAGUAUGGUUAUUGAUUCAAACCCUAGUAUGAGAACAGAUGGGAAUGUGUCAAUGGAUGUAAAUGGAAAUUCUACUUCCUCAGAACUAGAAUUCCAUGGUUCUGAUCUAGUAUGGGGCAAAGUAAGAAGUCAUCCCUGGUGGCCUGGUCAGAUCUGUGAUCCUUCGGCUUCAUCAGAGAAGGCAAAUAAGUAUUUUAAAAAAGGCACUUAUCUGAUAGCAUAUUUUUGGGAUCAAACAUUUGCUUGGAAUGAAGCACCAAAGAUUAAGCCCUUCUUGAAGCACUUCUCUCAGAUGGAGAAGCAGAGUGAUAUAGAAGAAUUCCAAGAUGCAAUUGCUUGUGCUUUGGAUGAAGUCUCAAGACGGAUAGAGUUUGGCUUGGCCUGUUCUUGCAUAUCCAAAGACGUAUAUUCGAAACUGAAAACUCAGAUAAUUAGUAAUGCUGGGAUCAGGGAAGAAGCAAGUAGAAGAGAUGGUGGUGACAGUUCUUUAAGUGCGGCUUCUUUUGAACCUGUGAAACUCAUUAGGUUCAUAAAAGAAAUGACUCAGUUUCCGUAUAGCAGAGCUGAUAGACUAGAACUUGUAACAUCACGGGCCCAAUUAUCAGCCUUCUAUCGCUGGAAGGGUUAUUCUCAGCUGCCAGAGUUCAAUAUGCUUGGUGGGUUGCUGGAUGAUGCUGACAUUUUGCUAUUGGAAAAGAAGCACAAUGGUGAAGUAACUGAAAAUGCACUUCCAGUAAUUAAGGAUGAUGAUUUGAUGGAGAAAUCAAAAAGUACAGAUAACUCAUCACGCAAGCGCAAGCACAUAUCUGGAGAUAGUACGCACCCAAGUAAAAAGGAGAAAAGCUUGUCUGAUGUAGUGGCUGAGAAGUAUUUGUCUACUUCAACGAGUGAGAAUGGAUCAGAAGGGAAAUCUGGCUGUAAUUUGAUUUCACAGUCUUCCUGUAAGAAACGAAAGGCAGUUGAUUCUUUUGCUGGCGACUCGGCAGUCAAGCAAUGGAGAAGUGAUUCAUCAACAGGGCCUGAUAGUAAUUCUCUACAAAAUAAACAGGCUUUUAGAGUUGGAGAUAGGAUCUGUAGGGUUGCAAGCCAACUAAGUGGAUCGAGUCCGAUACUCAAGAAUUACAAUGCAACGUCCACAGAAGGUGCAGUUCAGGAUAAAGGCAAAGUAAGAACUGUAUCAGAGAAAGCACAAACUGAAAAGCUGGCUGGAAGGGAGUACCCAUCUCCUGAUGAGAUGCUGUCUCAGCUCUACUUGGCUGCCAUCAAUCCCAUGAACGGAUACAGCUUCUUGACUUCCACGAUAACUUGCUUCUCGGAAUUUAGGAAUACCAUAUGCCUGAACUGUCCUGGUCCAGAGGAGCAUCAACUGUCUCUAAACCAAUUGUUUGGUGGUAAGCUGGGCAAGAAAUCAGCCAGGACUGGGAAGAAAUCAAUCAGCUCAGGCAUUACUGAAAAAUCUGAGACAGAAGCAAUUCCUCAUGAGCAACCAUCACUCAAGAAUCAAAAUGAAAAUGGAAAGUUAGUGCCUGGAGCUCCAACCGAUAAGGAUACCUCUACCGUUGAACAACAAUCAAGUCUUGAGUUGAAUCCCAAUUUGGAUUCUGAACAGAAAAUUGGUGGUGGAGAUCUUGAUUUGGAAACGUCAAAGCCAGCUCUUCACAUGAAUGAGAGUUGUGAGAAAGAUCUCUCACCUACAGCCCUGAUCUUGAAAUUUACGGACUUGGAGUCUGUUCCUUCAGAAGCGAAUCUGAAAAAAAUAUUUAGCUGCUUUGGGCCUUUGACUGAAGUGCUGAGGAAGAGUAGCCGGGCCACGGUGGUUUUCAGGAGGCGAUCUGAUGCUGAAACAGCUUUCAGCAGUACCGGAAAAUACAGUACGUUUGGACCUUCACUUGUCAGUUACCGGCUCAAGUUUUUGCCGCCUACACCAAGUAAAGUAUCUCCUUCUCCCAAUGCGACAAAGCGAGGCAGAAAACCUGCAACAUCUCUGGAAGGCAAUGCAGCUAACUAA